AUGUCUUUGCCUGGAUGGUCUAACGUAUCGUUGUCUUCUGAAAACUCCUUCGCAGUGUCCUAUCUCAACCGUCCGAAUGGACGCAUCAUAUCUGCCUUCUUCCUCGGAUGCGUCUUCAUGAAUGGUCUGCAGCACAUGUCGAGCUCUCUCUUCUUCCGUGGUGUCCUGGCGCGCCUGCAUCGGUGUUUCCAAUCGUUCUAUCUGUACUUUCUCUCGCAGUGGGGCGCCUUCGAACUCCCCACGUUGUGCUCAGAGAAGGCCGCGCUACAUGAAGAGGAGACGGCCUCCAUACAUAAUUACAGCGACCACAUGGCCCUCGUCUUUACGCUCAAUCUGUGCCUCUCCCUCGCCGGGCUAGCCUAUUUCAUCUCGCUCUUAGCAUUCCAGAACCAGAGCGCCUGGAAAACAGGCUGUGUAUUCGUGGUUGCGUGGGGAGGCAUGGCCUCUCAGGUCGCAAUUCUGCUGGGUCUGAUGAUUUUGAUCAUCGAACUCAGUCAGAUUGGUGUCAAGAGAUGGGAACCGCUUGCGUUGUAUGGUUUUGCACUCGUGGGACUUGCAUUUGUGUUCGCGACGAACGCAACCAACAGCGGCACAACGAAGGUAGCUCAAAGUGUUGGCAUAGUCUUCUGCUACAAAAAACGCUUUCUUCCCACCACCCUGACAUCAAGCAUCAUUCGGUUUGUCAUCGAGACGUAUCUCAUUGUGCGUCUCGUGAUACUGUCCCGAAGCCGACGCCGCUGGCUCAGCGAUCACCCAGUCAAGGCUGUGACUAUCGUCAGGGCGUGCAGCCUUCUGUUGCUCGAUCUGCUCACCGUCGUGCCAGACUCCAUCGUGACCAAUGUCGUCGCGAAAUUUCUUCCGUUUUGCAUCGGCGCUGUGACUGUGUUUGCGGCCUUUAACUGGAAAUGGACGACCCUGCAUCCUUCUAGCAAGUCUAAUAUGCAAUCAUCAGCCUUUGCGACCAAGCACUCCGCACAUUCUGUUACUUCCACCUCUCAUACCACAUUCAGUCUUGCAUCAAGGGAGCACAUGUUCGACGCCGAUGAGCUCGAGCAGGCCAACAGCCCGCUUGACAUGGAGAACGUCAUCAUCAUCACCACUGGGGCUACAACGCAGCAGCACUCCGUCAAGCCAAUCAUGCUCCCUGUGCCUCUCCACCCGCGCAGCGCGCCACCACAGUUUCACGAGUUUUCCGUUUUCCCGGGCAAGAUUUUACGGUCGCAGGCCGAGGUUGCGGCACAGCUUGAGAUGGAGGCCGCGUCCACAUCCCAAACCCAACCCGAGGCGAUGUCGGGACCCGCCGUGCCGCGUCCGGAAGGCGAGCAGAAUACGGCUACUGUCCUGUACGACGACGACGACGUUCUUUACGAGAUUGACCGCGCGUCGCUGUCCUCGCUUGUAUAUGGCUCCGACAUUCUGCAGGUGACACCAAGCAAGCGGCGGGCGGAUGGCGCAGUGCACGUCUCACCCGCCCCGACUCAGACGAGCUUCGCGCUCUCUCCACGCAGCUCACGUCGGACUACAUACCGUUUCUCGCAUAGCCCCUCUAUCAUGACAACCAAGAGCUCGGCUGGGUCGUUUGCCGAGUGGGACGACGGCAUGCCGCGCUCUGCCCGAAAAUCUAUUAGGCGCCAAGCGCUGCUGCUCUCGGCGCUCGACUCCUCGACUCCAUCGUCCUCGACUUCGAGACACUUCUGGCGGCGGCGUUCCUCGACACGUGUGCGCACCUUCAGUGCCAGCGUUGCCGCCGGCACUGCAGACACGGAGCUCACACCCGUGUAUGAGAGCUCACCUGCACCUGGAGCGCAGUGGUUCCCUUCUCCGGACGUGGGCAAUGGCAACAACGCUGCCAGGAAGUCCCGCAGGGGGGCAUUCGGACGAAGCGCGCGGUUCUCGCGCCGUACGACAGCCUCGUCCAGCAGUCGGAUCAGGAGCUCAACCAGCGAGCCUGCUCCGUCACUCCCUACUGCUGUCUUGCACCCUGUCCCGCCUACGGUCCCGCCUGUCGCCCUUCCCAGCCAUCCGCCGAGCAUACUAAGCUCGACACGCCGGCGCGCGCUCCCCACCCCCUGGAUGUCCGUGCCCAAGGCCCAGGUCUCGCCCGCGUCUUCAGCCACGCUGCCGCUGUUCACUUCCGUAUCCGCCCCGGCGGCGCCUGCGCAGCCGCAGACUGCCACCGGCAGCACGUUCGAAUUACCGGCGAGCGCGGGUAUGGUAGAGGGUCCGCAUCCCCCACCCUCUGCGCUACUCUCGGGUACCGCGCUACAAGAGUAUCGCGACACGAACACGCGGAAUGAGAUCUCGCGCCACCGGCGGAGCGAUAGCUCGUCGUCGGCGUACUCUCAGGAGUCGUGUGUCAGUUUGGAAAUUGUCAGGCGGCCGAGCAUGCAGUGGUAGAACAGAC